GUGGCGGGUUUUCUCUGAGAGGAGCUUCAGUCGAGGCUUGGCCAGUGAGAGAGGAGGGUCUGUGCGCGCGCGGGCGGACACACUCCUCAAAAUGGCUUUAGACACCGGAAUGAAGUGUAUUAAAUAUCUUCUUUUUAUUUUCAAUCUUCUCUUCGUGGUAUCUGGGUCAGCUGUGAUCGUGGUGGGCGCUGUGAUCGAAGCAAAAUACGGAUCUUAUCUCAAUUUCAUGUCGACGUAUCUCUCAGCUCCUUCUGUGUUAAUUGCUGUGGGAGUCCUCAUCUUCUCUGUGGGUUUCUUCGGCUGCUGUGGCGCGAUCAAGGAAAAUCACUGCAUGGUUGUCACGUUCUCGGUCUUGUUGGUGGUGAUCUUCGUGGUGCAGGUGGUGGUGGGAGCCGCGUCCUACAUCAUGAGGUCAGAGGUCGAGAGCUUCCUGCGCAAUAACAUGUUGAAGUCAAUGACAACGUACAACAAGUCCAACGAGGGCGUGUACAGGACCUGGAACGUGAUACAACAUGACAACGCCUGCUGCGGGACAGACGGCUUUCGGGACUGGGAGAACACAGCAUUUGGCAUCUCUGUGGAGGGCGUGCCUGACGACUGUUGCAAGGAAAGCAUUCAGGACUGCGGCAGGAACGUGUUCGCUACAGGCUUGCCCAAUCUCGACCCAAUUAACCAAGAGGGCUGCUUCGACAAACUGAAGGGAGAUGUAGAGGAAAAUCUGACAAUUCUUGGAGGUGUGGCCAUCGGAAUAGGGUUUGUACAGUUGGUUGGUGUGGCCUUCGCUUGCUGUCUGGCCAAAUCAUUGAAACGCCAGUGUGAGACUGUGUAAGGGAGGCCACAGACCCUUGCCGCCCUGCCCCCUUGCCUCCCUCACCCCUCAUGACCCCUGUGCCGGCUGGUGGAACCUCUGAAAUAUCCCUGCCAUGCCCCUAACAUACCAUUGAUGCCAUAUUCUGAAAACGCUUGUAUGUCACAACUCCACUGUUUUAAAGCCUCUAGUUAGUGACACAGGUUCUUAAGGGUGUUUUUAAGGUUCUAGUGACAGAUUAACAUGAUUUCUACAUUAUGAACAGGAGAAACGUGCUUGAGAACCUGCCUAAGCAUCUCUGUGGCCUUUGAAAAUAGUGGUGAAGGAGAGAAAGAGCAGCAUUUCAGAAUAUGGGCUGGGAUGGCUGGGACACUGCAACAUUCUCUCCUCCUCCUCCUCUUCCUCUUCCUGCAGUUCGCCACAUUUGACGGAGCAGUUUAAAGAAGAGGUCCCAGUAUUAUGUGUGUAGUGAGGGACAUUCUCCGACUCUGCAGGCUCACAGUGCAUUUCUUUAUUGAUGUACAGACACUUGGCUUUGUGAGGCCUGCUGGUACACACACACAUACACACACACACACUCAAACACUCAGACUUAUACAUUACGACAGUUGAGUGCUUUGUGUGUGUGUGUGUGUGAGUGUGUGUGUGUGUGUGUAUAGAUGCUAAAGAUUUGGUAUUAAAAGAUGUAAUGUUAAAAAUUUGAUUUAAUCUUGUAAAUAUGAAAGUGCACACACACACACACACACACACACACACACACACACACACACACACACACACACACACACACACACACACACACACACACACACACACACACACACACAUCAGUGCAGCACAUCAAGAGACACCCUGGGAACAUUUAGGGUGAGGGCAGGACACAGGACACAGGGCAGGUCAGGUCAGGUCUGGGUAGAGAAUGACAACACCAAAAACACCACCACCACCACAUCACCACACCCACCACCACUGCCAUGUGUGUGUGGGGGUGUGGUGGUGUGGUGGUGAGUGGAGGAGGAGGGCACAUUAGCUUUCCACACCCGGCGUCUGCCACACCCGUUGAGUUCGGGUGUCCAAUACAUUCUGUUAAAAAAAAAAUUGUAUUAAAAUCCCAACAAACUUAACUUUUAGCCAUCAUAGAUAAACUUUUCAUAUUGUACCAUAACCCCAAUGAUGCUAUAUUUGAUUACUACCAUUACUACUACUACUACUAUUACUACUACUACCUGUAUUGUCAUUAACUCCCGUCAUUAUCCUAAGUGCUAUGUUUAAGGCCCAUUCUGUGUUUGUUUGGUGAGGCUGACUGGAUGUGUUAAAUUGAAGUUGAGGAUAACAAAAAGAUAGAGUUAAGAGCUUCUAGUUAAUCGUAACAGUGAAACACUUAAUGGCAAACUAUAGAGCUGGUUGCCGCUGUCUUCGUUCCCUCUUACCACAGCCAGGGACAGUGCCACCAGCCCCUCACAGUGCCAUCAGUGCCACACCCAUACAGUGUCUGGUCUUGGCAUUGUCUUGUUUGGUAUCACAGGUUUUUCUUUCUGGUGAUUUACAUGUAUAGUUUAUUGUUUCUGAAUAAAGAGAGAUGCAGAGCUGUAUUCUGAAACACCUCUGUGCCACACCUCCUCUGCUUUCCAAAGGCUCUAGUUGAAGGGAUGCAGGUUUUUAAGGGUGUUUUUAUGGUUCCAGUGGCAGAUUAACAGAAUUACUACAUUAUGAACAGGAGAAACUCUUGAGAACACAGCUACUUGUCUCUGUGGCCUUUGAAAUAGUCGUGGAGGAAGACCAAAGUGUUUCAGAAUAAGGCGCUGUGCUGUGGUGUGCUGUGCUGUGGUGUGGUAGGCACCUCACAAAGGUUACUCUGGUGAGGGGCUGGUGGUGGUGCAGUUUUUACGAAGCCACAACACCACCACUUCCACCACAAGUCUUUAUCUACAAUGUGUGAUGCAAACUGGGACUGGUACUGCACCACACUUCCCUACACCAACACCACCACCACCACCACCACCAGGCCUUACCAUAACCACAAAUCAAAGAGAAGUGUCUGGACAGCAUCGAAGGUGGUGGUGGUGGUGGUGUGGAGUGUGAGACAAGCUUUAAGUAAGGUGGGUUGAGUGUGGUGGCUGUGGUGGUGGUGGUGGUGAGAGGGAGUGCAGGUGGUGGUGGUGGGGUGAUGGGCAGACUCGUUUCCUCCCCCAAUGCUGUACGUAGAGGCCAACAAGGUAUUACAUAUUAUUGUUUACAAAUGUAUAAAGCUUUCAUAUUGGCAGAAGGUGUAGCACUAUUUUGAUAAAGCCAAACUGAGAGAAUGCCAGGAGGUAUGCAUGGAUGAACGGAUGGAGGCGUGAGGAGCAGGGCGACUGGCUGAGUGUGCAGUGAAGGAUGUGCCAAAUGUACACAGCAGAGGUGACGCUUGCUGUUCAGGGCACCGGUGACCAGACCCCCACACCACCCCUGGCCUGUGACCUGUGUGGCGACCUGUGUUUGCCAUACCGGGUCAGGACUCAUGCCAAGGUGCUCCUGCCGGCGUGACCUGGUCAGGGGGCUGGCUGUGACCUGGUUUGAGGCCGUCAUGACCUCGGGCACCAAAGGUCACCUUUGUAACGUGACUGUAGCCUCUCUUGUGUACCGCGAGGUGUGUGUGUGUGUGUGUGUAUGUGUUGUAAGUCAGAGCUUGCAUUAUAAAAAGUAAUUCAAGUUAUUCACCACAAGAGAGUUACAUAAAUACCACUUAACAUUUAUAACAUAUAUAUAUUUGUAAAUACUGCAUCUCAACGUGGGUUCCUCACCUCUCACUCACCCACAAGGGGGAGAGUGCCACCAGGACUUCCCCCAUCCUUCCCCUCCCCCCCCCUUGGUUGUCUUCCUUCACCCACAAGGCCCGCCCUGCCCCCCCUGCCUCCCCCACCCCUCACCCUUACUACCUCCCCUCUCUCCCUCAGUCCCUCUCCUUCCUUCCCCCCCCGCAUUUACUCCCCCUCCCCUCCUCCCCAACACAGUAUGGAAGAGAAGUGGUCUGUUGAACGUUGUGUUCAGUUAUUGUAUUAUUAAUUGUUGCCACUGUUGUCUUUACUCCUCCUGUCAUGAGUUUAAAGUCAAAGACGCCAGGUGGCUGUGCCUCGCGCCACGCUGACUGUUCAGUUGCUUUAUUCUCCACCAGUUAAUGAUUUGAGUCAUUGAUGAGGCAGUCAGUGCGUUGUGAAGGUUGAGACGUGUGUGUGUGUGUGUGUGUAUGUGUGUGUGUGUGCGUGUUUCUUUCUUUUUUUUUCAAAUUCCGUUAUGAUGUGUAUGUAGUGUACAAAGUAGAGAACAUUACGCGACAGCCAUGUGUGUGUAGCCAGGAGAACGCGUGUGGGUGUGUGCGAGGGCCCAGUGCACGUGGCGACGGCAGUGUCGGUGCUGCGGUGCUGGCCCUGCAUGAUGUGUGGUGUGUUGUGUUGUGCUGGUGUUGUUCCUCAGCCCUCGUGAGGCUCGGAGACUGCUUCCCACAUACAGGCCACACUGGCGCCUGGGUGUCCUGCACGGCCUGCUGCAGGAUGGGUACUGCGGGACGCUGGGGCCGAGUGGCGCCCGUGGCAUAGCGGCAUGAUGGGCGUGCUGCGCUGCGCUGUGCUGUGCCGUGCCGUGCCGUGCCGCGCUGCCUGCACCCGGCGGCUGCUUGUCAACCUGAGUCUGUUGUCACUACUUUGCUUUGUACUGCCGGGGUGGAGCAGCACCUCCUCCCCCUCCUUCUCCUCCUUCAGCCUCCCACACUGGCGGGGGCGCCGCCCGCUGGGGAGCAGCUCACUGCACAGGGCGAGGCCGCCCCGCCAGCAGCCUGGCCAGGAGGUGACACAGCUUGUUUGAUGUUUGCUGCCAGCUUGAAUCACUGCCGCACCGCGCUGCUCAUCACGCUGCCGCGGGUGGGGCCGCGCGGCAGGCACAGCGGCAGCAGUAGCAGCAGCAGCAGCAAUAGCCUGCCACUGUCUGUCACACCUGGGUUACUGAAUGACUGAGGCACUGCGUGGUGUCAGUGUGCCACAGCGGCGGGUCACUUGGCGCCGUAACGGCCUGAGGCCAGUGGUGCAGACGUGCGGGGAGGCCGCGGCCAGGGAGCCGCGAGGCCGUGAGGUGCGACGAGGCCCGGGUGGUGGGCGGCGGAGGCUGCGGCCACACCAGCACCAGUCUGUUUGUGUGUGUGUGUGUGUGUGUGUGUGAAGGAAACGCGGUAGUAUUUUUAACCUUUGCACAAAUGCACCUGUAAGAUUUAUCUUGCACUAGCAGCAGCAGCAGCAGCAGUGGCAGCCUGGGACGGCACCUUCACGGUGGCACUGGCAAUCUGACAUCCAGCAGGGCCAGGUCGGCCAGCCAGCACCGCCCCAGGCUGACGCUGCUCCACGUAUUAUAAACAUUUGGAUAUUUAUACUUAAAAAUGUCAGGAAAAAUCUAUACUAGAAACGUGUGAAAACAAUAAAACUAUUUCAAGA